UCAGCUUUUUAUCCGAAGCUCACUGAAGGUUGUGGUUUCUCUCGCCGGUGUCUCUUGCUGGUGUCUUUCGCUAGACCAUUCUCGCCCGACCGUUCGCAUCGCUCCGAGUUGAAACCUCGGUCCUUCAAAUCCUUGAGAUUCCCUGGCGAGUCCUUCGAUUCUUCAUCACCUUCCUCCCUCACUUAUGGAAUCCAUGCCUUUCAUUGCCCCGACCCCGUUGUGCAAGAGACUCAGAACCCAGAAGUUGCAGAUUUAGAUGGAAAACAUGGUUCUUCAUCAAAAAGCUACAUCUGGGUCAAUCCCAGUAGCCCCAGAGCUUCACAGCUUCGACGGAAAUCUUACGAUGCCAGCUAUGCUAGGAUGUCAUCUUUCCCUGAUCAGGCUGUUGAGUGGUUUGAGAAAAUGCCCACUUUUGGAUGUGAUCCAGAUGAUGUUACCUACUCGGCAAUGAUUGAUGCUUAUGGUCGUGCUGGUAAUGUUGAUAUGGCUUUCAGCUUGUAUGAUUGUGCUAGAAUAGAGAAAUGGCGCAUUGAUCCGGUGACAUUCUCUACUUUGAUUAAAAUUCAUGGGCAGUCAGGGAAUUUCGAUGGGUGUUUGAAUGUCUAUGAGGAGAUGAAGGCUAUAGGGGCCAGGACAAAUUUGGUUAUUUAUAACACCUUAUUGGAUGCUAUGGGAAGAGCUAAGAGGCCUUGGCAGGCCAAGAAGAUUUACAAAGAGAUGACUGAGAAUGGAUUUUCCCCAAAUUGGAUGCCAAGAUUGAGAUUGUGCUGGGGAAGUCUAAGAAAUUUGACUCUCUUAUGACUGCUGCUGUGGCAUCUGAGUUAGCUACUAAAGACAAGGAAAAUGUUAAUAGAAACCUUCUUUUUAAUGCCUUUUUUUUUUUUUGUUGUAGUUUAAUAUAACAUUCUUUCUUACUCUCUGAUCACACAGAGGUAAAUAGGAGAGUAGGCAGGUGUUCCGUCAUUGAAGAUGGUAGUAUGGAAUGGUUAAAAGAGUACAGAAAAACAGCAAUUUUAAAUAAAAUGGCAUUGUAUAGAGGUUGCAGUUACAUGCUACUCUCUAGUCUCAA